GCCCUUGGGAAGAACAAAAAGGCAAAAAUUAAAGAUCCACUAAAAUAUAAAUUGGCUCGUCAACAGAGCAUCUUUGUAGAAGUUGAUGAACGGCUCGAAUUUCCAACAUUUUAUCAAGAAAUGUGGAAACCUUAAACAUGCUCAGCAGCUCCACGCCCAAGCUAUUUUCCAAGCUCUUCACCCCUACCACCAACCUCUUACCUGCCAAAUCCUCAACGCCUAUGCCCGUAUUGGCCGCACCACUGACGCAUACAAGGUAUUCGAUCAAAUUCUCAAACCAGAUAUCGUUUCCCUCACCAGCCUCAUCUCACUCCACUUGCAGUGUAAUCAGCCCCAUAAAGCCGUUUCUGUUUUCUCCAAUAUCAUAUCCUCUGGUAUCCAGCCUGAUGGGUUUGCUGUUGUUGGAGCCCUAUCUGCAUCCACUCGGCUGUGCCAUCUGGAACUCGGCAGGGAGGUCCAUGCUUUGAUUUAUCGGCAUAAAUUGGACUCUGAGAGUGUCGUAAGCAAUGCCCUCAUCGACAUGUAUUCAAAAACCGGGAGGAUUCGUUCAGCUGAGUCUGUCUUUGCUGGUAUGAUUACCAGAGACGCCGUUUCUUGGAGUAGCAUGCUGAAUGGCUACGCCAAAUGCAGUGAUUUGGGCUCCGCAGUUAAGUUAUUUGACGAAAUGCUGAGCAGAGACACAGUCUCUUGGACAGUGAUGAUCACUGCUCAUGUGCAGCAGAAACAACCAAUAACAGCUUUGAAACUCUUCCGGGAGAUGAAUUUGGAGGGUCACCAACCUACAUCAAUCACGAUUGUCGGUGUUUUAUCAGCUUGUGCUGAUGUAGGGGCAUUGGAUCUUGGUCGCACAAUCCAUGGGUAUGUUUUUAAACUGGAUACAAGCUUUGAUGUCACCCUUUAUAAUGCACUUAUAGACAUGUAUUCAAAAAGUGGGAACCUUAAAAUGGCAGAGUAUAUCUUCAAUGGUAUAACUAACAAGGAUGUAUAUACAUGGACCUCUAUGAUUUCUGGGUUCGCAGUUCAUGGUGGUGCAAAACGAGCUAUUGAGGUUUUUUCUGAUAUGUUGAAUUCAGGCAUUAGCCCGAACAAGAUCACAUUUUUAGCCAUUCUUUUAGCUUGCAGUCAUGGUGGAUUGGUUGAUGAGGGAAGAAAAAUGUUUGAUGACAUGAGAACUGUCUAUAACUAUAAGCCUCAAGUUGAGCACUUUGGUUGUAUGAUUGACCUACUAGGUCGAGCUGGACUUCUCAGAGAAGCAGAAUUGUUGAUACAAGAUAUGGGAAUGGAUGUGGAUUGUGUGAUAUGGAGAUCAAUUCUUAGUGCAUCUCUUAUUCAUGGAAAUGUUGAGUUAGCAGAGUUGGCUGGUAAGAAGAUCAGAGAGAGAGAGCCAGAUGAUGAUGGUGUUUAUGUACUUCUAUGGAACAUGUAUGCUUCUUCUAACAGAUGGAAAGAAGCUCUUGAGAUGAGAAGGAAGAUGAAAGAGAUGAAGUUGUUGAAGAGGCCAGGUUGUAGCUGGAUAGAAGUGGAUGGUAUUGUUCGUGAAUUUCUGGUUGAUGACAAGAUGAAUAUCUGUGAAGGAGAAAUUGAUUUGGUUUUGGAAGAGAUGAGCAGGCAUUUGAGAACAUGUUCUAGUGUUUUAUAUUCUGAAGAAGAUGCUUGAAUGUUCUCUUAGGGGAUAAAGAAUGGGCUAGCUCCUCUUUAUUUAUAUAUUUGAGAUAUAGAGGUCAACAACAGAGAAAAGAUUAUGCAUAAUAUGAGGAAAUUGAAGAAGAUUUGAAAGGAGUAACUUACUCUUGGGAGUAUGAAGAAUAUCAUCACCAGUGUGAGUAAUAGGACUAACUUGCCCAUUUCCAACAGGAACUUGAUCACUACCUUGAUAUGAAGUGGAAGAAAGUAGAUGUUGAUGAUAGGUUGUAAGGUGCGCUGUAGCAUCAAAAUUUAAAUACCAGUCAUCAUUGGGUGGAGCUAGAGCAGCAAAGAGAGCUUGAGAAGCCUUGGAAGCAGGCAUCAAGACAGGCUUGUCCUAUGCCAGCAGUGAGAAGCAAGAUGAUCUACUUUGCAGCAGAUUUGACAAACAAUGAUAGAAAACGUAGACUGGUCUCACUUGUUUGAAUUGCCACUUGCUUCAGAUCCGAAAAAAGUGGCAGUACGUCCAAUACCCUUGAAGGAGGUAGAUCCUCAGUUUCAGAAUUUAUGCCGACCUAAUGCGAUAAUUUUCGCUGGCUAAUUGAAUCGGUACAGUGUUCUUGAUAUUUGAUAUCAAGAACUUAGAGUUGUGGGAGAAAUGGCAAGCUCCUUCAUGGCAGCAGCAGUUGUUGUAGGAUUCAUCAAAGAAGUUGCAGAUUGGUCCAUUGAAUAGGAACAGUAGAUCAAUUGGAAUAGAUGAAGCAGAGGAAAAGAAAAGAAAAACUCAAAUGCUGAAGGGGGCUUGAUGAGGAUAUCAGAGAUCAACGGCUACGAUCUGGAGUUUUUUUUUAAUGUAUUUUAUGUACUAGUUUAUUUUAUAUUUCUGUUUUUCUCAUUUUACCCUUAGGGGUGGUCAUGUGGUAGCCCGAAGGGCAUUUUAGUCAUUACUUUUUUUCUUUUCAUGAGGCUAAUUUGUGAGCUAGUUCUUUUGUAUUUUGGAUGAUGAAUGAAUAUUAUGAAAAAUUUCUGCGUA